AUGAAUGGAAUUCCCAGAUCUUCCGAUACAAGUACUACUUUAGCGACUUCAUUAUCGGUCAAACCCAAACUUACCACUUGGGCUCAAGCUGCUGCAAAAUCUGCCCCAAAACACUUGAACAGACAGACCAAAAGUUCAAAUUUGCAACCGCCUUCUUCUACAACCCCACUUAAUGGAUCACUAUCCAAUGUACCUGUUGUUCAAACGAACACACAAAAUAGGAAAUCAAACAAAUUACCCUAUAAUCGAACAGAGGUGUUGAAUUUCAUGGAUGAUUUAUAUAAAAGUUAUACCAAAGACUCUUCCGUAACCCUUUACAGUGAUCUAGAAGACAGUACAAACAGUCUCGCAAACUGGGGUACAUAUUCUUCUAGCAAGAGCCGAAGUAAAAAAUAUGGUUGCUUAGCUGAAAUAGCAGCUGCCAUUAAGAAACAAGACGGCACAAACGUAUGA